AUGUUCAAGCGAUUCUCUACUCCUAUUAUGAAGCCAUACUGGCCAUUUUUCGUGGGCGGUGUGGUGGUCUACUGGGCCGUUGGCAAAGCAGCUAAUGCUUCUGCUCAAACCUCGGAAUUCAUCAACGAUCCCAGAAAUCCACGUUUCGCCAGGGGCGAAAAACCUGUGGAAUUGAAGUAA